CGCUGCUUUGGCCGCCUGACGGACGCGUGGCGUCACCAGUUCCCGGAGGCCUCAGAGAUCCCUCGUUGGGGUGACCUGUCCAGGGCGGGUGUUGCCAUCUAUGAUCUUGACUUUGAUGCUAUUCUCUCUGCCAUGUAUGCUGUGUCUAUUAGUGAUGAGGGUGACUGUUACCGGUGUUUCCCGCCCGAUCCGGGUAUUGAGACUGCUGCUCUAGGUCCUGGUGAGGCUGCUGCCCUAGGUGCUUGCGACGCUGCUGCCCUAGGUGCUCGUGUGUCUGCGUCCUCAGGUACUGGUGAGUCUGCGCUCUCAGGUACUACGUCGGCUUCGGCCUCCCUCACCUUCACCCUUGACUCUGGGGCGUCUCGCUCCUUCUUUAGGGACCGCACCACACUCACACCGCUGAGUCGACCGGUUGCAGUGUCUCUGGCUGACCCCUCUGGGGGUCCUGUCCUGUCUCGCUUCUCCACAGUCCUCCCGUGUCCGGCGGCUCCCUCUGGCACCCUGUCUGGUCUCUACCUCCCCUCGUUCUCUACGAACCUGGUGAGUGGUGCUGACCUACAGGAUGCGGGUGUACACCAGUUCACUCCUGCGCGUCAGCGGGUGACGCACUGUACAGAGGCUAGCACAGGCCGACACCUGGCUACGUUUACCCGUCAGCCGGGGUCGAGCCUGUACACACUGACCACUGCGUCUCCUCCCGUUACUGAGUCUGGUGGAGUCGCUUCGUCGGGUCAGGUGUUUGCUGCUGCGUCCAGGUCUGGUCCUGAGUCUGCCCCCUGUGCUUGUCGUCUCCUGUCUCACGAGACUCUUCUCUGGCACCACCGUCUUGGUCACCCCUCUCUGCUUCGGCUCAGAGGCAUGGCCUCCCGUCUUCUAGUGUCUGGUCUCCCCCGGUCCCUCCCUCCCCUUCCUCAGGGCCCUGGCCCUACCUGUGUCCCCUGUGUCGAGGGGCGCCAGCGUGCUGCCCCUCACUCCUCCCAGUUUCCUCCGACAGAGGCCCCGUUGCAGACGCUCCACAUGGACGUGUGGGGCCCAGCCCGCGUCCGUGGGCAGGGUCACGAGCGCUACUUCCUGCUCGUUGUUGACGACUACUCGCGUUACACCGCAGUCUUCCCCUUGCGCGGCAAGGGUGAUGUCACUGAGGUGCUGAUCGACUGGAUCCGCGCAGCUCGUCUCCAGCUCAGGCAGAGCUUUGGCUCCGACUUUCCUGUUCUGCGUCUGCACUCGGACAGAGGUGGAGAGUUCUCCUCUGGCCUUCUGCGAGCCUACUGUCGUGCACGAGGCAUCCGUCAGACCUUCACGCUCCCGGACUCUCCGCAGCAAAAUGGGAUUGCUGAGCGCCGCAUUGGCAUGGUCAUGGACGUCGCUCGUACGUCUAUGAUGCAUGCGGCUGCCCCCCAUUUUCUGUGGCCGUUUGCGGUGAGGUACGCGGCACGUCAGAUCAACCUUCACCCCAGGGUCUCCAGGCCGGAGACCUCCCCAGCCUUGCUGUGGACCGGGAAGGUGGGCGAUGCGUCGGCGUUCCGGGUCUGGGGAUCUCGGGCGUUUGUCCGCGACUUGUCUGCGGACAAACUGUCCCCUCGUGCUGCUCCUUGCGUCUUCCUGGGGUUCCCCCCAGACGCGCCUGGGUGGCAGUUCUACCACCCCACCUCUCGCCGUGUUCUGUCCUCUCAGGACGUCACGUUCGACGAGUCGGGUCCUGCCCCUUCAGGUGUGUCCCAGGUAGACGCAGUCGAGCCUGUCGAGGUCACUGGUGACUCUGGUGCUGCUGGGGGUGCUGAGCCUGGGGGUGCUGGGCCUGGGGGUGCUGGGCCUGGGGGUGCUGAGCCUGGGGGUGCUGAGUCUGGGGGUGCUGAGUCUGGGGGUGCUGAGCCUGGGGGUGCUGAGCCUGGGGGUGCUGAGCCUGGGGGUGCUGAGCCUGGGGGUGCUGAGUGUGGGGGUGCUACGCCUGGGAGUGCUUUGCCUGGGGGUGCUGGACCUGGGAGUGCUGCGCCUGGAGGUCCUCCGCCUCGAGUUUCUACGCGUGCUUUGUCUCGCCGGGAGCCACUCUCUCCACAGGAGCUGCGCGAGUGGUUUGCCCGGCGCUGGAGCCGUGCUGCUGGUGCUGGAGGUUCGUCGGCUACUGAGGGUGCUGCUGUUGCGGGUCCCGGAGGUGCUCGUACUGGGAGUACUGGAGCUGCUGGGCCUGCGGGUUCGACUGGAGCUGGUGCUGCUGAGGGUGUUGGCGCUGAGACUACCACUGGCGGUCCUGCUGGGGGUGCUCCUGGUGUUGCUCGAGGUUCUGGAGCUACUGGAGGUGCUGCUGGAGCGGGUGCUCCUGCUGGGGGUACUGGUGCUGUCCCUGCUGUUUCUGGCGUAGCUACGCGGCCUCGACCGUACUUCGUUCCACUCCUGCACCAGGUUCUUGGUCUUCCGCCCUCUCCUGGUCCUCCUCCUCUCUUGGAGGGUCCACAACCUGUCCCGUCGCGGUCACUGCUACAGCCUACCUCCCCUUUGCCUGCUCCUUCUCCCUACACUGGUCCUACUGGAGGUCUUACUGAGCGUCGUGAGCCUGCGUCUCGCCCUGCGUCGCCUGUCCGUGCUGCUCGCGCUAGUGGUCGUGGUUCGCGUCAGCGUCCUCCUCCUGUCCCUGGCACGCACAGGAUGUCUCUGCGUCCGUCUACUGCUCCUCUGCGUGCCCCUUUGCCUUCUCCUCCUGAGUCCUCUCUUCCUGCUCUUCCCGACCCUGCGUCGGACUCUCUUCGUGCUGCCAGUCCUACUGUCACGCGUCUCCUUGCUACUGUCGUCACUGACCCUUCCUUCGAGUCUACUGCUGCGUCUGCCCUAGUUACUGAGCUCGUCGACUUUGCUGCUCGCUGUCGCCUAGACUACGCUGCUAGUCUUGUCGCUGAGUCUGGGUCUGCCUGUCCUCCGUCAGUCGGGGGUGAGUGUGCCCUUGGCACGGACGUCCUUGAGGACAGGCAGGAGGAGUUCCAGUGUCUGGCAGCUGCUUCACCUCAUCUCGUGUCCGUACUGCUUACCCCUGAGGGAGACCCGGAUGCACUUGACAUCCCGACUCCGCGCUCUUACGCGGAGGCGAUAGAGGGUCCCUACUCCUCUCAGUGGCAGGCAGCUAUGGAUGCAGAGAUGGCUUCCUGGAAGUCCACAGGCACCUACGUUGACGCUGUCCCCCCUCUUGGGGCGAACAUCGUCAGUGGCAUGUGGAUCUUCAGGGUGAAGCGGCCGCCGGGUUCUCCGCCUGUCUUCAAGGCACGUUACGUGGCUCGUGGCUUCAGUCAGCGACAGGGAGUUGACUACUUUCAGACCUUCUCCCCCACCCCGAAGAUGACCACUCUUCGGGCGCCACGUGAGUGGCACGACACACUGAGGACUACGCUUGCGGCUCUUGGGUUUGCUCCUUCUACUGCCGACCCGUCGCUGUUUCUACGCACCGACACCUCUCUGCCGCAGUUCUACAUCCUCGUGUACGUCGACGACUUGGUCUUUGCCACAGCUGACACUGCUGGACUCGCCCACGUGAAGUCCGAGCUGCAGAAGAGACACACGUGCACAGACCUGGGUGAACUGCGCAGCUACCUUGGCUUGCAGAUCACCCGGGACAGAGCACGCCGCACCAUUACCCUGACUCAGUCACACAUGGUGCAGCAGGUCCUUCAGCGCUUCGGCUUCACGUACUCCUCGCCUCAGGCCACUCCUCUGCCUACUCGCCACUCACUCUCAGCUCUGCCUUCGGAUGAGUCCGUAGAGUCGAGUGGCCCGUAUCCAGAGCUUGUUGGCUGCCUCAUGUACCUGAUGACCUGCACACGACCUGACCUUGCAUACCCUCUUAGCAUUCUUGCACGCUAUGUUGCUCCUGGGAGACACCGACCAGAGCACAUGGCUGCAGCGAAGAGGGUGUUGCGAUACUUGUGCAGUACGUCGGGCAUGGGACUAGUGCUUGGAGGGCGGAGUCCAGUGGUCCUCACUGGGCACGCGGACGCUUCUUGGGCUGACGACCAGGCUACGCAGCGGUCGUCGCAGGGUUACACCUUCAGUCUUGGUUCCGGCUCUGUCUCGUGGCGAGCUACUCGCUCGUCCUCUGUUCUCGGCUCCAGUUGUGAGGCUGAGAUCUACGCCGGGGCCAUGGCUGCACAGGAGCUUCGCUGGCUCACCUACCUGCUGACUGACCUUGGAGAGCCGCCUCGUUCUCCUCCAGUGCCGUACGUAGACAACAAGGCCAUGCUGGCCUUGUGUCGAGAGCAGCGCUUGGAGCACAGAACGAAGCACAUUGCUCUCCGUUACUUUCUUGCUCGUGAGCUGCAGCAGCGUGGUCAGUUGCGACUUGCGUACGUGGCCUCUCAGGCCAACACUGCUGAUGUGUUCACCAAGGCACUUGCGCCUUGUGACCAUCAGCGCUUCUGCACUCAGCUGGGUCUUGUACCUGUCUUGCCUCACUUGCUCUCCUCUUGA